GGGGGAUUUAGGGAGACGGUGCUGCCGCCAUUUUGUGGGGUUUUUGUUGCAGGGUCUUGAGGCAGAAGGCGGCAGUUUGGCUUCAUUUCUCGGCCAGAGAGCUUUUUGCUUUUACAGAGAUGCGGCAUUCCAAAAGAACUCACUGCCCUCAUUGGGAUGGUAGAGAAAGCUGGGACCGUGAAAGCUACAGUGAAAGCCACAAACGGAAGAGGAGAUCCCACAGUAGUACACGAGAGAACAGGCAUUGUAAACCACAUCACCAAUUUAAAGAAUCUGAUUGUGCUCCAUGUGCAUCCCUCUUGAAGCUUCGCACUCUGUUGAAGAGGACACUCAACCCAGUCAUUAUUUAGAAGCAAGGUCCUUGAAUGAGAGAGAUUAUCGGGACAGGAGAUACGUUGAUGAAUAUAGAAAUGACUACUGCGAAAGAUACGUUCCUAGGCAUUAUCACAGAGAUGUUGAAAGCAAUUACCGAAACCACUGCAGUAAAUCUUCAGUCCAAAGCAGGAGAAGCAGUCCUAAAAGGAAGCAUAAUAGACACUGUUCAAGUCAUCAGUCACAUUCGGUAUGAGUGAUUUUGUUUUUAUUUGGGGUGGAUACUUAUUUGUGUGUAAAGCUCUUAAUGGGCCAGUCAAGUUUGGGAAAUUUAUAUAAUACUGGUUUAUAUUGUGUUUAUAUCUCUUGAAUCCUUAAAAGAAAUUUCCAAAUUCUCAUAGCUAAUCUGUAUUUAUUAGCUAGUCCUCAUUUGUCCAUAUUUACUCAUUUCCCAUAGACUACAUCAUGGGUUUUUUGAUUUUAAUAUUAAAAAUAUUCUGUUUUUAUGUUUUAUAAUACCGUAUGAAAUAAUGAACCCCCAUCUUUCAUUUUGAACAUAUUUUUACUCUAAAAGAGACCCUUUUUCUGAUACUUGGAAGCAAAUAGAGAAAGUUGCACAGGUGGAUACUUAAAUACCCUGUGUCUAGUGUAGUCCCAUAGCACACUGCAUUAUUGUCUGCAAUUAGUUCCAUUGAAGUUCUGAAGAUGGGUGCUGAGUGGGAAAUAUAUUUUUAAAAACCUAACCUGCCCCCCUUUUUUUAAACUCAGACCUGUUUGAUCAGUAAACUUUGAAAUGCUAUUUUCCUCCCCAAGUUUUCUUCAGUAAAACUAGCUUUGAUUAAAUUGAGCAUUGAAAUUAACCAGCCAUUAUUUUUCCCUUUUAUUUUAAUCAUGUGUAUUUUAAUAUAUUGCUAAAUAAACAGUUUCAACUUAUCUUGGACAUUUUUUUUUGACAAACUAGACAUCUCAACUCAGCAUAUGCUAUUUUACAGCAAGAGAUUAAUAGAACAUGACAGUACAUUCUUUAAUUUCAGACUUCAAUUAAAUCAGUAUUUUAAACAGACAAUUGUGUUGUUUUUUUUUCUAUUGUCACUUUAAGUAUCUUAUCUGAAAAUCUGUUCCUUGCCAUGUUUUUCUUCUGUAACAUAAACUGUGCCCUGUGAAUUUCUGGGGACUGAAUUUGAAAUUGCUCCUGCCAACUGUUCGUGGCCUGGUGCUUAUCUGAAUGCCUGAAUAUCUCCCCGCUGAAUGAAUUGCGUAUUCUGCCCUGAAUUCACUCUGAUAUAUUGAUUGGCUGGACGAUCUUGGUGCUGCCCACUUGCCGUUCCAGAAGAGCCACCGAAGGAAAAGAUCCAGGAGUAUAGAGGAUGAUGAGGAGGGUCACCUGAUCUGUCAAAGUGGAGACGUUCUAAGAGCAAGAUGUAUAGAAUAUUUUUCAACACUUUUUAAACUUUGCAGACAGAAUAAUCUUUUUAAGAAUAGUUUGUCAGCGGGGGGCUAAGGAACUCUUCGUGGCUUUUUUUUGUUUUGUUUUUUUUGUGGGUUUUGUUUUUUUGUAUUUCUUCUUUUCUGUAGAAUUUAAAUAUUUCUACUCUAAAGUUCCAACAUAAUCAGUGGAAUUUGAGAUUAGAUCAAGAAAGAUAUAGCUCUAUCUAAUUGUCUUUGUAGCAGCUGAAAAGAAUAAUUUGAGUGCUGAAACCUUAGUUAUGCUUUGAUAAAGAAUCUUUUGGAAAUAUUCCACGCUUAAGCAUUCAUUAUUUGAGUAACUAGAUAAUUAGUGUUCAGGUGCUUACACCUUUUUCUCCCCUCUCACUUUAGAUGAAAUCGUGGACACUUUGGGUGAAGGGGCCUUUGGCAAAGUUGUAGAAUGCAUUGAUCAUGGCAUGGAUGGUAUACAUGUAGCAGUGAAAAUUGUAAAAAAUGUAGGUCGAUACCGUGAAGCAGCUCGUUCAGAAAUCCAAGUAUUGGAGCAUUUAAAUACUACUGAUCCCAAUAGUGUCUUCCGAUGUGUCCAAAUGCUGGAAUGGUUUGAUCAUCAUGGUCAUGUUUGUAUUGUAUUUGAAUUGCUGGGACUUAGUACCUAUGAUUUCAUUAAAGAAAAUAGCUUUCUACCAUUUCAAAUUGACCACAUCAGGCAGAUGGCAUAUCAGAUCUGCCAGUCAAUAAAUUUUUUGCAUCAUAAUAAGUUAACUCAUACAGAUCUGAAGCCUGAAAAUAUUUUGUUUGUGAAGUCUGACUAUGUAGUCAAAUAUAAUUCUAAAAUGAAACGUGAUGAACGCACACUGAAAAACACAGAUAUCAAAGUUGUUGACUUUGGAAGCGCAACGUACGAUGAUGAACAUCAUAGUACUUUGGUAUCUACACGGCAUUACAGAGCUCCAGAGGUCAUUUUAGCUUUAGGUUGGUCUCAGCCUUGUGAUGUUUGGAGCAUAGGUUGCAUUCUUAUUGAAUAUUACCUUGGUUUCACAGUCUUUCAGACUCAUGAUAGUAAAGAACACCUGGCAAUGAUGGAACGAAUAUUAGGACCCAUACCAACACACAUGAUUCAGAAAACAAGAAAACGCAAGUAUUUUCACCAUAACCAGCUAGAUUGGGAUGAACAUAGUUCUGCUGGUAGAUAUGUUAGGAGACGCUGCAAACCAUUAAAGGAAUUCAUGCUUUGUCAUGAUGAAGAGCACGAGAAACUGUUCGACCUGGUUCGAAGAAUGUUAGAAUAUGAUCCAAUGAAAAGAAUUACCUUAGAUGAAGCAUUGCAACAUCCUUUUUUUGACUUAUUAAAAAAGAAAUGAAAUGGAAAUCAGUGGUCUUACUGUAUACUUUUCUAGAAGAGAUUACUUAAGACUGUGUCAGUCAAGUCUAAACAUUCUAAUAUUUUUGUAAACAUUAAAUUAUUUUGUACAGUUAAGUGUAAAUACUGUAUAUUUUGUAUCAAUAGCAUAAUGAUCUUGUUAAGCAAGUAUGGUCUUGAUAAUAAAUGAAAUAUAAAAGUUAGUUUUCCUUUUUGAGAUUAACAUUUUUAAAGACCUUUGGAAUAUAUUUUGUGUUCAGUGAUAAAUGUGAUUGUUCUUGUUGACUCUUUAAAGUGAUUUUUUUUUUUUUUUUUUUUUUUUAGUGAAAGGAAAUCUUGACUAUUU